UUUCAUGAAAAUACGAGCUCGCAGUCCUGUGCAUGACUGCCACCCAUCCAUUUUACAAACCUUCAAGUUCAUAGUCCACAAAAUGUUCGAAUAGCAAAAAAUGAGGGCAUACAAAUCGUGAUUUGGCCGCGUAGGCAAUUUUUGGCCAAUGUACUGGUCUGCACCCACCACGCAGGCUGAAAGGGCCUGAUGGUGAGAGUGAUCACGUGCAUGGAUUCGUCUAUUAUGCGCCCCUUGGGGUCCUAACACUUUUUUGUGGGGGUUUCAGUUCAUGGAUUUGAAUAAUGAAAUCGCGAAUCGACAUGUCUGUGUCUGAUAUGGUACGUUCCAUAGACAAGACAAUGGUGUUAAAACUAAUGCAUACUAAAAUAAAUACAUUACAGACCAGGCUGGGUACAGACCGGCAGGCGGGGCACACGACCUGGGAAAAUCAAACCAUAGACUAAUAGUAAUAGAGCAAGGUGGAACCUUGUCCUUGCUCUAUGAUCAAACCAGUCCCAAGCUGCUUCGCCUUCCCCCCCCCCCCUUUUUUCUUUUUUUUCAAUAGAAUAUUAUGUUUACGCUGUUAAUAGAAAUUGCCUUCCAGGGUUAAAUAUAGCGUGACCCGGUGAUGCGUGACCUCUGAAGUGAAGAUUUCAUUAUCGAAAGGUACAACGUCCAAGGUACGAAGUUCAUAGCAUGCGGGGUUUACUUCUUUUUUGUUAAGUGUUUAUUUAUACAACGAAUGAAGCGGAACGGUAGCGUGCCAGUUUACUGAAGGCCGGUGGUUCUGUUUCAAUCGAUCCACCUUCCGCAUUCGGACUUGUCGGAUUCGCCAGUCUGAUCUCAGGAAAGGACGGGUGGUUUGCUAUCAUCGGGUUGUGUUAAAAGGAGCGAUUUCGAGAUGCCCUUUUCUACCAGGCCCCCAACACGCGUUCCCUACGAAAUGUUAAAAAUAAUAUAAAUGGAAAGAUGUUUAAAGUAGUAUAUGAAUGCUCAAAAAUUGAAGACUAGUGUACUACCAUGGAAAGUUGUUGUGUUCGUGUAUUAAUCACCGCCUCAAGGGAUUUCGGGGUACAAAAUUCUGGUCCUCAACAGUCGAGUCGUUAAAAGAACGCUAUACAAUCGUCGACUCAGACGGAUGUGUUUCUUUUUCAUUUGGUUGUCAAACACGUGAGCUUAUAAGAAAGCCUGGCAUGUGUAAUUCUGAAGCUAUAGUUGGACCUGAUAUCUCAAGGUAAAUUGUCACAUACGUUUUCUAUGGCACCAGUCUGUUGAUAGUUUUUGCUCAAAAAUCGAUGUGAACAUAAUGGGUUUUUCAGUGUUUUUCUCCGUAAUAUACAUAUUUAACGUGGAUUUUCUGUGACCCAAACUUUUAAAAUCAUUUUGUCAACAAUCUAACGUAUGAAUUUUGGUCAAAUCUGGCCGACUGCACCUUUAACAUAAACCAACAUAAAGGCAGAUUACGACAUGAGCAACGCUGGUAUUAAGGUUUGAACCGAUUUUAUUUGCAAAUAAAACUUUUGGCUCGCAAACUUCCGAAAUCCUUCACGGCAGUUCAUGCAUUCCAGUAAAGCUUACGCUGUUGGCCUGAAAGUUGCUGAAGAUAUAGAUACAAGGGAAUACAUUGAAAUGCAAGUAGUUGGUAAACCACUGCACUUGCAUUUUUAUGCAGUCAGCAUAUAGAUAGCCACGGGGCUUGCCUCCAUGCUAGAUCAAACAUCAAACGAGUAAAACGACAAUGAACAAAAGCUUUCCGAACCAAAACAAUCACCUUGCACAUGUAACGUCACAGCUGAAGUUUUAGGUUCAUUCUGCAAUUACUUUUCCUAAAUUUGAAUCCUUUCUUCACAUUCCUAGGAUCCAGCAUCAACAUUUAAAACUAACUAGAAGCACGUGAAUCAGAUUUUUCAGUUUCCUAUACAAAGGAAAUAGUCUCCAACCGGGGGUGUGUUACGCCUGAACAAAAUUACAGUUCAGUGAAUUCCAGCCCAAGUUCCAAGCACGAAGCUAUAUUUAAAGCGUACUUGAAAUUGGGCUUCUGUGAAGUCGAUCCUGUCUGGAUCGGUUCGGUGUGUACGUGGUUUUCGUAAUCACACGUCACACCGACUUGUUCAGUGUUGAUAUGCAAAUAACUUCACUAGACUCAAUCCCGAUUGGUUUGAUCAUGGUUGGAUGAACCGCGGAGAUUUUCCACUGUACACGCAACGUCGCUGCAUCCAGGUAAGUUGAAAACUCAUCCCGCCCACACUUUGAUUGGCGUUGUCAAUAUCGUGUAUACGAUUCAAUGGUCACGCUGGCACCUCACCCCCUCAAAAUUAUGCAGAGUGACGUAGUGGCCCCGACCUCAGCAUAACAAAGUACCUCACGUGUACAAAAUGCCCGGCGCGCUCUCACCGGUUGAAGUUAGAACCGUCCCGGUAGCUGUUCUGUGAAUCCAGCAACCAGGGACUCGAGUACAUAUACUGCCCUGGCUGUUCACGGUGGCUGGCCAGACAUGGCUGCAAAGAAAGACCAGUUCCUCGAUGAUCAAAUACGGUCGUGCCUUGUUGGAUAGUACUCGCGCGGUGCUUUCAAGCUUUAAAAUCUUCGAUAUAAGCUAUGAUAAUAUCGAAGUCCAACAUGCAAGUGCAACGAAGUUGGCUAUUUAGCUUAGUUGUUGCGUGCUUAUUUAGCAGCGGCGUCACGGCCGUAAUGCUUUGCAUAGUAUUGGUAGUCGCCAAUCAGUCGUCGAUCGAGACAGGUACUUUAAGCUCAAAACUACAAGAGUGCGAUACGCGAAUGAGGCAACUUGAGAGGCAAAUUAUGGAUAUGGGGUCGGUGCUAGAGAAGACAGAGGAAAGGCUGUAUAAGCUUGAGCAGGUAGCCAUUCAUAUCUCCGACCAACGUACUAAUAAUUCCAGCGACGGUCCUCGUGAUCCGCCUCUUGUUCAUAAUGCGGCAGCUGUGGAAAAUGCAGAAGAGAUAAACCGAAAUCAAAGAAAUGGUGAUGAUGGCAUCUUGCAGGAAAGUGGCGUUCAGCGCCGGAGCAUGGCAUACAAGGAGCAAGAUGAAGAUAACAUCAAAGCGCGCUGGUUGCGCUCAACCAGACAACAUAAAACACGUAAACGAGAAAGACCGGAAAGGGAACCUAAACAGUGCUCAAGGCGAUGUAAAGGUGAGAAAGGUGACAAGGGUGACGUGAGUCCGACAAUGUAUGGUGGUCAAAAGGGACAGAGAGGAGAGAGUGGACCAGCUGGACAAUGUGAAUGUCACCAGCCGACAAUGGAUCCAGAAACAACCUACGCAACCACCACAAGAACCACCACGCAGGGCCCCGGGGUGCCUCAUUGGUCCGAUGCACGGCCAGCAGCUUUACUUGCCGCACAUUUUGAGGGAGGUAGACUUGCAACUAUCAAUACUGGUGAAACGCGGGAUCCGAUAAACAGGGGAUAUGUCGACUUAAGUGCAAUCAAUGGCGGUUGGGUUCCAUACUGGAGAUAUGCUCAAUGGAUGGAUGCUGAAACAAGGGACAAGUUUUAUCUGGAUUACCGCGGCAAUGUCACUGUAAUAGAGGGAGGAAUCUACUAUGUUUACAGCCAGAUGCUGUAUUAUGACCCAAGUGUGUUCAUGGGCCACAGUUUGUACAUCGGUGGCCAGAAACGCUUCAGCUGCACUGAAUGCACUGUAGAUCGUGAUCGUAAGUUUAACACAUGCUAUAUAGGCGGAGUGGUGCAGAUCAACCCAGGAGAUAAAGUUGGAGUCAAAGUGUCAUAUGCAAAUAGAGUCAUUAACUUGAACCCUGAUAGCACUCAUUUCGGGAUGAUAAGACUUUCUUAAAAUAUAACAAAACAAGGUAAGAAUAGUAAAGCUGGUCCCAGAGUGUAAACAUUGUAUUUAAUUGAUUCCGAAUGGCUCAUCACUGGAAUUGUUUUUCUCGUGCAUGUGGUCUACAGAAUGGGUCGGAUUUAGCCAAUUCAAUGUUACGAUUUAUACAAUAGCACUGCAAGGCUUAGUGACAGUCAGUGAGCGAGUCAGUCAGUGAGAUAAAAAAGACACUAGGUUGGGUCUUUGGGGCUAACAAAAAUAGAGUAAUCCUCUCAACCAUAACACACGCUUCAAGGGAACUUGUGAAGAAGUAGGCCCUAUGGAGCUAUCUUUUCGUAAUAUGGAAUCUUUGAUUUGGAUUGAAUUUGAAAUUGUAGGCACUGAUGAUAUGCACCUCAUUAGGUUGUAUCCUCCCGGUUCAGUAUAGGCACUGAUGAUAUGCACCUCAUGAGGUGCGUAUUCUUUCGGUAGGCACUGAUGAUAUGCACCUCAUGAGACGCUGGUAGAUUCAAAAGAACAUGCAGUUGUGAGUUUCAAACUCGUAUUUGAAUUGAUCGUCGGGGGAAGGGGGUGCGACUUAAUGCAGUAAUGACGUAUCAAAAAACAGCCAGGACGUAUAAAUAAAAGUCAAACGAAACUCCUGUUCAUUGUUCACUGAUAAAUUAUUUAAAAAUACCAUGUGUAUAUUUUGUAAAAAUUAAAACAAUGUUUAUACUUGAGAUUUUUGUAACAAAGAAUUUAUAUGUAAAGUUUCAUAAAAUAAUGUCUUACGGAGACUUGCAAAGUCAAGUGCCAUGUUAUGGUUAAAAUGCAUGACGAAUCCAUGUUCCUAAUAAGCGCCAUUUGACAUUGUACAGGUAGACUGUUUUGUAAAAGGCCCUAUGAAAUAUUCUUCAUUUAAGUAUGUUUAUUUACAUUGUAUUUAAAGGGAAUAUACAACAUUUGCAAACAUCGAAAAAUAAAACUACCAAGUUUUUACG